GGGAGUUCCGAGCUGGGGGCCGGGGCCGGGCCCGCGCCAGGCACAGACACUUCGGCCCUUGUUGGGAGAACAGAGAGAGGCUCUCUUGUCCACUGCCCAUCCUCCGGCUCCAACCACUGGUUCUCCCAGCCGCCUCUCCUCGGGCUGCGCAGAGCCCACCUGAUCACUGUUACAAGAUGGACUCUAGCCCGGCUGGGACCCCCAGUCUGCAGCCCCCAAGGGCCAAUGGGAAUAUCAACCUGGGGCCUUCGGCCAACCCAAAUGCCCGGCCUACCGACUUCGACUUCCUCAGAGUCAUUGGCAAAGGAAACUACGGGAAGGUCCUACUGGCCAAGCACAAGUCCGACGGGAUGUUCUACGCAGUGAAGGUGCUACAGAAAAAGUCCAUCUUAAAGAAGAAAGAGCAGAGCCACAUCAUGGCGGAGCGCAGCGUGCUCCUGAAGAACAUGUGCCACCCCUUCCUCGUGGGCCUGCACUACUCCUUCCAGACGCCGGAGAAGCUCUACUUUGUGCUGGACUAUGUCAACGGGGGAGAGCUCUUCUUCCACCUGCAACGGGAGCGCCGGUUCCUGGAGCCCCGGGCCCGGUUUUACGCCGCCGAGGUGGCCAGCGCCAUUGGCUACCUGCACUCCCUCAACAUCAUUUACAGGGACCUGAAACCAGAGAACAUUCUUUUGGACUGCCAGGGACACGUGGUGCUGACGGAUUUUGGCCUCUGCAAGGAAGGUGUAGAGCCUGAGGAGACCACGUCCACGUUUUGUGGCACCCCCGAGUACCUGGCUCCAGAAGUGCUUCGUAAAGAGCCUUAUGAUCGGGCAGUGGAUUGGUGGUCCUUGGGGGCCGUUCUCUACGAGAUGCUGCACGGCCUGCCGCCCUUCUACAGCCAAGAUGUGUCCCAGAUGUAUGAGAACAUUCUGAACCAGCCGCUACGGAUCCCUGGGGGCCUGACAGUGGCCGCCUGCGACCUCCUGCAAGCCCUUCUUCACAAGGACCAGAGGCAGCGGCUGGGCUCCAAAACAGACUUUCUUGAGAUAAAGAACCAUGUAUUCUUCAGCCCCAUAAACUGGGACGACUUGUACCACAAGAGGCUGACUCCACCCUUCAACCCUAAUGUGGCAGGACCGGCUGACUUGAAACACUUUGAUCCAGAGUUCACCCAAGAAGCUGUGUCAAAGUCCAUUGGCUGCACUCCCGACACUAUGGCCAGCAGUUCUGGGGCCUCAAGUGCCUUCCUGGGAUUUUCCUAUGCACCGGAGGAUGAUGCCGUCUUAGAUUGCUAGAAGAGAAGCACCUGUGAAACCACUGAAGCCAGCUUGUAUCUCCCCCUGCCCCAGGAAUUAUGGGGGAUGAUGCUGGAAGACCAUGGAAAACACACCAAUGACACUGACACUGACCUACUGGGAUCAAAGCUGAGUCAAGAAGAGCUACUAUUAUCCUUUGAUAUGUGCUGUGAAUUCUGAGAGAAACAGUAUGAUUUGACUUCCAUCUUAAUAGCGUCUGCUAAUAGACAAAUGUGAACUGUGAUGAGGGAGAGGGUAAAAUCCCCCCAACUUCCCAAAGCAAAAAGCAACAGAGCGUAGUUGUCAGAAAUGUGAUAGUAUUGUCAAAGUAUACAACCUGCUAUGGGUUGUGAAACACGUAGUGAUUCUAUCUGCUCUAAGACUGUAAAAUCACAAAAUUUUCACCAGGAUAGAAAAUAAAAAUGAAAAAUUAUGAAUCUU